AUGUCGCAGCAGUUCCUCAGCCAGGUUCUCAAAGUCGAGAACGAGACCGCAGACUCUCUAGUCGCUUCACUCCUACAAGUAGAAGUAGGAUCCGCGUGCAUCGCAAUUUGGCUGCGCACGAACAACACAUGCCCCGUGUGCCGCCGUGUCUUCUUUGCCGCCCAACCACCGCCCUACCUUGACUCGAUUCCAUUCGAGGACGAAGACUCAGAGAUAGAGGACGAGCCGGUCUCACUGGAGGACGGACCCUUGGAGUUGAUGUACGAGCCCGUUCCAGCAACAGUGCGUUGGGCCUACGUGACCACAGAUAUCGAUUACCUCUGCGAUGCAUUCUGCGAAGAGCUCGCUGUAUCCCAUAACACGUUCAAUGUCGCGCGGGAAAUGGCUCAACGUCUGGCGCUCAGUAUGGGCGAGCAUCACACGCCAGGUUACAUCGUGUCCGUCACUUUCUACAUGGUAACGCACAUCAUGAAUGAACGCAGAUCGCUCGAGGAGAUAUGGGGAAUCGCAAACGUCCAGACCGAAGAGAUCCACCAGGCCUACAGACGUAUUCAUCCCACUCGAGAGCAGCUGAUCCUACCGCAUAUGUUUGCGGCGCUCGGCGGUGAUAGUGUACAGAAUUUUCUCGAAUCAUUACCUUCUCCCAGUACUGAGAACGGAUUUACAGAUCAGGAAGAUGGUGGCACAGACCUUGAGCACUAUCUAGUUCCAGCUCAGCCGAAGCGACUGGAGGAGCUCUGCAAUCAAUAUAGCGACGAGCUGGCCUAUUUCGGAGGUAUUCGUGACAUCUGUCUACAGAUCGCUGGGAAAAUACGAGCUGGGCUGUAUCUGGCGGGUCUCUCUCCUCUGCCGGUCAUCGCAGUCAGUCUCUACAUGGCGUCUCAUCUCGCGAGUUUCGGCACACCGAUUAGGCAGAUAUCUGAGGUCGUCGGCAUCAGCGAGGGCACGAUUCGAAACGCUUAUCGAAGAGUCCAUCCAUGGCGAGGUGAGCUCAUCGACUCCGAUAUGCUCGACACGCACGAGGACGUUCGCAGACAUAGAGUUCUCCGGGCUAUAGCCUGGCCUGCUUUAUAG